AUGGCACUUAAAGGUAUCAAAGUAAUAGAGAUGAUGGGUUUAGCUCCAGGACCAUUAUGUGGGACUAUAUUAGCCGACUUUGGAGCAUCUGUUACCGUGGUUCAAAAGAUGAACCCAAAUCCGUUUGAGGUUAUGGCCAAUGGAAAAAGAAUUAUAAAUCUGAAUCUAAAGGACACUGAAGGAUUGAAUAUUCUCAAAAAGCUAUGUGAUACUUCAGACGUAAUUCUUGACACUUAUCGUCCAGGUGUCAUGGAGAAACUCGGACUGGGUCCAGAUAUACUUUCAAAAAGAAAUCCUCGGUUAAUCUAUGCAAGACUGACAGGGUACGGCCAAGAUGGAUUCUACAAAGACAAAGCCGGACAUGACAUAAAUUAUGUGUCAAUGUCUGGAUUACUUUCAUUGCUUGGCAAGAACCAGGAACCUCCUCGACCUCCACUGAAUCUUUUGAGUGAUUUCGCUGGAGGGGGAGUCAUGUGCGCCCUAGGUAUAGUUCUGGCUUUAUUUGAAAGAACAAAGUCUGGAAAAGGACAAGUAAUUGAUGCAAGUAUGACAGAAGGAGCAGCUUAUGUUGGCACAUGGUUAUAUAAGUCCAGAAAUUUACCUAUUUGGAUUGGCCAACCCGGAACUAACGCCCUGGACGGUGGGCUUGCUUGUUACGGUACAUACAAGACCAAAGAUGGUAAAUUUAUGGCGGUUGGAGCCCUCGAGCCUCAGUUUUACAGCAAUCUUUUAAAAGGCUUAGAAUUAUCGGAAGAAGAAUUUACUCAAAUGGGUGGCGAUGUAGAUGUUCACAAGAAGAAAUUCCAAGAAGUCUUCUUAACUAAAACUCAAGAAGAAUGGUGUGAAAUAUUUGACAAAAUGGACGCUUGUGUUACUCCUGUUGUAGAUUUAGACAUGGUAGACAAACACAAAUAUCGUUCGUCUGAUAAAUCCUUUUACAGAGAUGCCGAUGGAUUAGUUAUUCCAGAACCUUCUCCAAAAUUGUCAAAGACUCCAGGAGUGUCGACCGGUAAACUGUCUCCACCGGAGCCUGGUCAACAUACGGUAGAAAUUCUGAAAGAACUAGGUUAUACUAAACGUAGUAUAGAAUCAUUAAUAAAAAAUGGCAGUGUGUAUGCGAAACUAAAGGCCAAUUUAUAA